AUCUAAAUCAUAUUCAAAAGGUUCAAUAAUAUAUUCCUACUCCAAAGUACUUCAUAUCCAUACUUGUGUUUCAACCUUUUGCAGCUUACUUUUUUCACACUUGAUCAUCUCUUUUCUUUCAUGCUCUAUUGUUCUUGUCUUUAAUACUAAUAUCCAUUGUACUUUUUGUUCAACAUUACUUAAAGAUUUGGUUUUUAUGAGCAAGUUAGAUAGUUUAUCAACUUUCACAUGUUUAUGUUUUUGUUAUAUGUUUAGGGCUGUGAAUGGAUGGUAAUAAUAAGCAUCAAGGUGGUGAAGUAAGCUUGAUGGAGAAGAAAAGAGAAGUGGUGGUCACAAUUUCAAAUGUGUCUGGAGAGAGCCAUGCCCAAGAUCAUCAUGAUCAUGGCUUGAAAGUGAUUGAAAAUGAGCUUGCUUCAAAGUCACCACCUUUAAAAUGUGCUUCUCCUGAGAUAAGGUUCAGUCCUAGUCCAAAUAAGCCUCCAAAAGCUCCUACUACAAAUGCAAAUCUUACCAAAAGAAAAUCUUUUGUAAGAUCAGUGUAUUCUAAACCGAAAUCAAGAUUUGGUGAACAACCUUAUUCUAUUGAUGGAACUUUUCUAGAAGAGAAUGUUUUACAAGAAGAGUUAUCUGUUAGUUCACCUUAUAGGAACUCGUUUAGUAAAGCUUCGCAUUCACCCAAUAACAAAUCUGGUUUGGUUAAUAGAAGUGUUUCGAUUGCUUCUGUCGUUACUCCUAGAACACCUUUGAUGGCAUCUCCGGGUCCUGCUGGUGAGGAGGAUCUUGAUGAAAUCAUUUACAGGAAAGUUGAGUUUAGUAAAGGCAAGCAUAAGAGACUGACGACGAAGGCUUUGAUCGAAUUGUUUGUGUUUGUGAUGAUUGCGGGGAGCUUGAUAGCUAGCUUAACUGUUGAGGAAGUGAGAGGGACAAAGAUUUGGAGUUUGGGGCUUUGGAGGUGGUGCAUGCUUGUGAUGGUGACCUUUUGUGGCAUGUUGGUUACCAGAUGGUUCAUGCACAUUGUUGUUUUCAUGAUUGAAAUGAACUUUUUGUUGAAGAAAAAAGUGCUUUAUUUUGUCCAUGGAAUGAAGAAAUGCGUCCAGGUUUUCAUUUGGAUCGGUUUGGUUCUCCUCACAUGGGUGCUUUUGAUCAAUCACGGGAUCCAGCGAUCGAAAUUGGCCGAAAAGAUUUUGGACGGAGUAACAUGGACUCUUGUUUCUCUUCUAAUUGGAGCAUUUUUAUGGGUUAUAAAGACAUUGUUGCUGAAAAUUUUGGCAUCGAAUUUCCAUGUGAAGUCUUUCUUUGAUCGAAUUCAAGAGUCAAUCUUCCAUCAAUAUGUUCUGCAAACUCUCUCCGGGCCUCCACUUAUCGAUGAGGCCGAGAAGGUUGGGGGAUCACAGAGUUUGAGCCAUUUUAGUUUCAGGAGUGUAACCAAUAAAGGUGGCUCAAAGAAAGAGGUUAUUGAUAUGGCAAAGCUUCACAAGAUGAAGCAAGAGAAAGUUUCGUCGUGGACCAUGAAGAUUUUGGUAGAUUCUGUGAUGAAUUCGAGGCUGUCCACAAUCUCUAAUUCAUUAGAUGAAAGUUUUUAUGAUGUAGAAAAUGAACAAACUGAUAAAGAAAUUACAAAUGAAAUGGAAGCAACUGCUGCAGCCUAUCAUGUUUUCAGAAACGUCGCUGCUUCCCCUAGUUGCACGGACAUUGACGAGGAUGAACUUCGUCGAUUCAUGAUUAAGGAAGAAGUUAUUUUGGUAUUUCCCCUACUGGCACAGGCAGAGACAGGCCUAAUUACCAGAAAAUCUUUAACAGAUUGGGUGUUGAAGGUAUAUCAAGAGCGCAGAGCGCUCGCGCACGCGUUAAGCGACACGAAAACAGCUGUUAAACAAUUAAACAAGCUUGUGACAGUGGUUGUAGUACUUGUGACCAUACUAGUGUGGCUUCUUCUUAUGGAAAUCGCAACAACAAAAGUACUUGUAUUCCUUUCAUCGCAGCUAGUACUCGCGGCUUUCAUGUUUGGAAACACCUGCAAGAAUAUAUUUGAAGCCAUCAUCUUCGUGUUUGUAAUGCAUCCAUUCGACGUUGGUGAUCGAUGUGUUAUAGAUGGUGUCGAGCUAUUGGUUGAAGAAAUGAAUAUAUUGACAACAGUAUUUUUGAAGCUUAAUAAUGAAAAGGUGUAUUAUCCGAACUCGGUUCUCGCCAUAAAACCGAUUAGCAAUUACUACAGAAGCCCGAAUAUGUCUGAUAGUGUAGAGUUUUCGGUUGAUUUUACGACACCAGCAGAGAAAAUUGGAGCACUGAAAGAAAAAGUAAAGAGGUAUUUGGAGAGGAAUCCACAAUACUGGCAUCCUAAUUUUAGCUUGGUAGUGAAGGAGAUUGAGAAUGUAAAUAAGAUUAAGAUGGGUCUUUAUGUUACACACACAAUAAACUUUCAAGAGUUUGGAGAGAAAACAAAGCGAAAAGGUGAACUAGUGAUGGAAGUAAAGAAAAUAUUUGAAGAGCUCAAGAUCAGAUACAAUCUUCUUCCACAAGGUGUUCAUCUCAGACACAUUGAACCUGAUACAAGUUAAUAUCAAAUGAUGAUGAUGAUGAUUACUCACUGCUAUGCAACUUUGUUCUUUUUUCUUAGUUUAUUCAAUUCAUGAAUCUGAGUGUUGGGCCUUAAUAAGUCUUACUCUUAUGUACUCUUAUGAAAUUGCCUUAAUAGAAGUUGAUGCAAUGUAAAAUGCCAUCCAAAUUUUAACUUUGUCCCAUGAAUGUGUUAUUAUUUGAUUGACUCAAUGUUA